AUGAAGGAUCAACUGUUCCUGGUGGCAUUGGUCACUCUCUCGGCCGGGCUCUGCUCGGCAAAGGACGCCAAGGUGAAAGUGCUGCGACAGAGCGUUUCGUACGAUACGAAAAUUCUUCACAAAAUCCCCGAGAAAACCAUCGUCGAGGAGAAGAAGGAACUGGACCACAAGGCGCCGGAAGUCGAGGCGAUCGUCAAACAACCCGUCGGAGAUCUGCUGCUUCCGAGCUACGAGUUUGGGUACGGUGUGAAGGAUCCCGUCAGCGGGGACCACAAGGAUCAGUGGGAAACGCGACUCGGCGACCACGUCAAGGGUGGCUAUCGGUUCGACGAGCCAGACGGUACGCAGCGCGUGGUGGAGUACGAGGCGGACGGCAAGCGGGGAUUCGAAGCCACGGUUAAGAACGUUGACCGAAAAGAGGCCGCGCAGGUGGACGAACUCAAGGUAGAUAAAGUUGCCCACAGCUACAGCUAUCUGAAGAGAACUUGA